CAUGGUGGACAGCGUGUACCGGAGCCGGUCCCUGGGGGUGGCGGCCGAGGGCCUGCCGGACCAGUACGCCGACGGGGAGGCCGCCCGGGUGUGGCAGCUGUACAUCGGGGACACCCGCAGCCGCACGGCCGAGUACAAGGCCUGGCUGCUCGGCCUGCUCAGGCAGCACAGCUGCCAGCAGGUCCUCGACGUGGCCUGUGGCACCGGGGUGGAUUCCAUCAUGCUGGUGGAGGAGGGCUUCACCGUGACCAGCGUGGACGCCAGCGACAAGAUGUUGAAAUACGCCCUGAAGGAGCGCUGGAACCGGAGGCACGAGCCAGCCUUUGACAAGUGGGUCAUUGAGGAGGCCAACUGGCUGACCCUGGACAAGGAUGUGCCACGGCCUGGUGCGGGCUUCGAUGCCGUCAUUUGCCUGGGCAACAGCUUUGCCCACCUGCCCGACAGCAAAGGGGACCGGAGCGACCACAGGCGGGCACUGCGCAACAUCGCGGGCAUGGUGCGGCCCGGGGGGGUCAUGGUGAUCGAUCACAGGAACUACGACCACAUCCUCAGCACCGGUUGUGCCCCCCCGGGGAAGAACAUCUACUACAAGAGUGACUUGACCAAAGACAUUACCACGUCGGUGCUGUUGGUGAACAACGCCGCUCACAUGGUGACGCUGGAUUACACGGUGCAGGUGCCCGGGGCCGGGCACGACGGCAGCCCAGGCAUGAGCAAGUUCCGCCUGUCAUACUACCCGCACCGCCUGGAGCCCUUCACGGAGCUGCUCCGCGGGGCUUUCGACGGCAAGUGCCAGCACAGCGUCCUGGGAGACUUCAAACCUUACCAGCCGGGCCAGGCCCACACGCCCUGCUACUUCAUUCACGUGCUGAAGAGGACCAGCUGAGACGCCGGACGGCCCCACACAUCCCGUCCGGCGGGGAAGGCGUGGGGGCGCGGGGUGAAUCUCGGCUCCGCUCCCGGCUCGCUUCUGUCAGCUCCCGUUUCAGGAAAUUUGACGCUCCCAGCCUCA